AUCAGUGUGCCCUGAUGCCCCCAGCAGUGACACCUGUCAGUGUCCAUCAAUGCCACCUGCCAGUGCCCAUCAGUGCCACAUCAAUGCCACAUAUCAGUGCCUGCCAGUGCACAUCAAUGCCACAUAUCAGUGCCCAUCUGAGCUGCCUUUCAGUGUCACCUAUCAGUGCCAGUCAGUGCCACCUAUCAAUGCCAGUCAGUGCCACCUAUCAGUGCUGCCAGUCAGUGACACCUAUCAGUACUGCCAAUCAGUGACACCUAUCAGUUCCAGUCAGUGUCGCCUAUCAUUGUCACUAUCAGUGCCGGUCAAUACAGCCUAUCAGUGCCGCCUAACAAUGCCAGUCAUUGCCACCUAACAGUGCCAGUCAGUGCCGCCUAUCAGUGCCAUAUAUGAGUGCUGCCUUUAAGUGCCCAUCAGUGAUGCCUGUCAAUGCCCAUCAGUGCCACUUACCAGUGCCUCCUCAUCAGUG